CAACACAAUUGUCACAACAUUCGUUUGUUCAGAUUCUGUCGUUUUGCUCGAGUUGCAAGUUUUUCGAUCGUCCCUUUUAGAUUUCUACCUAAACUCGAGCAUGGCUAGCCGCGAAGCCGUACGCCGGACGGUGCAAUCCGUGCGGCCGAUCCUGUCCGUCGACCGGGAGGAAGCGCGCAAACGUGUCCUCAACCUGUACAAGGCAUGGUAUCGCCAAAUUCCCUACAUCGUGAUGGACUACGAUAUCCCGAAGUCGGUCGAACAGUGCCGGGAAAAGCUGCGUGAAGAGUUCCUCAAGCACAAGAGCGUCACCGAUAUUCGUGUGAUUGAUAUGCUCGUCAUCAAGGGACAGAUGGAGCUGAAGGAGUCGGUUGAAAUCUGGAAGCAGAAGGGACACAUCAUGCGCUACUGGAAGGAGAGCCAGGAACCGAAACCGACGGACUUCCUGUCUAAAUUCUUGUCCGGUCAAAAUUAAACACUCGGGCCGGCCUGUAAUCGGGAUAGUGUAGGAAGCAACCGUAUGGAACUGAAUUGGGUGUAAAUAAAGGAUUAAAACAAAC